AUGCCAGUCAUAUACCCUCGAUACUGUUACUAUGGAAGUGAUAACUGCUAUUCUACUUGGGACUCUUGGGGUCGCUGGGUAGCGUUCGCCGUGAUCGUUGGUAUAGCCUUCCUACUUUUCUUCAGUUUCGCAUGCUUCAACGCACGCCGCCGCCGAACUCAUGGCCAACGCCCUAUCACAGGAACCGGGUGGAUGGCUCCUCCCCCGGGUCCUCCUCCGCCAAACCAACCCAUCUACCAACAACCUCCCUAUGGUGACCCUUACUACCAGCAAAAUGCGCCCCCACAAUACAGCCCGAACCCUCAGCAUCAUGGCUACUUUGGUGCGCAAAGCGCACCACCACCACAGCAGCAAGGCAUCGAGUUGCAGCAGCCUCCGAAUGCGUACGGUGCCCACGGAUAUGCGCCACCUCCUGGCCCGCCGCCCAAUGGCAACAAGGACUGA